CAUCCAAAUCUACCAACUUUUGAUCACUCUACAGAAUGAUUGAUCUCACCAAUCCGAGUCCACGAGCUAUAGAAUCCCUGAUGUUUGCAACCAUCCUGGCGGGCUUCGUAGUGUCGUUCAGGCAACAAGGAGCUAUGGCAUCUCAAGCCAAAUCCGAGGGUGGCGCCAUACGACCUCAAUCACUUCCAGCGACCUUCAUAGGCAAGGUUGUCACACCCAUCCACGGCGCUGCGUUGUUCGUUCCAAUCGCUGUGUAUAUUGUCACGUUGGUUGUCAACGGAUUAAGGCAGCCCGAGUGGAUGAUGAGGCUGGCACUGCCAGACUAUCAAUUGGAAGAAUCGUACAAGGUUGUACUGAGAAUUACGGCCUGCGUACUUUCCCUGGCAGCUUGGCAUUUUAUUGGAACGGUUGGACAGAGGCACUUGGGAUCGCAGUGGCAUUAUAUUGGGCGUCGAGAAAACUCAAAGGUUGUACAGACUGGUCCUUACGCCAUCGUUCGUCACCCUAUGUAUGGUCUUGUUUUACUUCAGGAAGCCCUGUUUGCCGUUAUAACUUGGUCUUAUGUGCCUAUCUUCUCACUGAUGGUCAUAGCUGGAGCAUUCGCAAUCAAAAUGCCGAUUGAGGAGGGAUUUAUUGAAGCGGAUGCAAAGACAGCAAAGGAAUACCAGGAGUACAAAAGGAAGGUGACAGCAAGAGUCGUCCCUUAUGUUUGGUGAUGUGACUGCAUGUAUAACCAUGGCUCAGCCAUAGAAUUAAUGUAUCCUAAUAUCCAGGCCUUAUUCGUCAGAGUAAUCAAAAAUAGUUAGGAUAAUCCCAAUG